CGUCUGGCCGCACCUCCCACCUGGUCACACCGAUGCCCCCAGAGGCUCCUGCUGCGCCGGUGCUACCCGUCAGUUACCGUCUGUCCCACACCCGCCUGGCCUUCUUCCUCCGAGAGGUGCAGCCGCCGCCCCCUCCCACGGCCAACAGCAGCGGCGGGGGUCCCCUGCAGCGCUCGGAACCCUUCGUGGUCUUCCAGACGAAGGAGCUGCCCAUCCUUAACGUGUCCCUGGGGCCCUUCAGCACCAGCCAGGUCCUGGCCCGGGAGCUCCUGCAGCCCGCCAGCACUCUGGACAUCCCCGAGCGGCUGACGGUCAACUGGAAGGUUCGGGCCUUCAUCGUGCACCCUCGCGUGCCCGCCUCGCAGCCCGUGGCUCAGGUCUUGUUCUACGUGGCCGGCCGGGACUGGGACGACUUCGGGGCCACCGAGAGGCUGCCCUGUGUCCGCCUCCACGCCUUCCGCAAUGCCCACGAGGUCAAGAGCUCCUGCCGCCUGAGCGGAGGACUGGCCACCUGCCUGGUCCGGGCCGAGCUGCCCCUGGCCUGGUUCGGACCCCCCGCCCCGGCGGCACCGCCCCCUGCCCGCCGCAAGCCCCCAGAAGGCCUGGAGCCGGAGCCUGGCGGGGAAAGCCAGCAAGCCGAGCUCUACUAUAGACUCCACUCCCCCGAUGCCAGCGGGGGCUGUGGUGGAGAGGGGCCCCGCCGGGGCGGGGGAGGAGCCAGGGCGGAGGGCCCCACCCAGUACCCUCUCCUUCGAAUAGGUAGCAUCAGUCUUUACCGCCCGCCGCCUCGGCGGGCCCUCCAGGAACACCGGCUGGACGGCAACCUGGUCAUCCGCCUCCCAGACCGUCCCUUGAAACCGGGAGAGGUGUUAAGCAUACUCCUCUAUCUGGCACCCAACUCCUCCUCCUCCUCCAACCCCAGCGUGGAACAUUUCACCCUCAGGGUGAAGGCCAAGAAGGGAGUAACCCUACUGGGCACCAAGGCCCGAAAUGGCCAAUGGCAGGUCACUUCAGAGCUGCUCACUGGGGGAAAGCACUCAACCGCCACUGUGGAUGUAUCCAGGACUCAAAGUGCCCCCUUGCUCCCCAGGGAGGGUGAAGGACCCCUGGAGAUCCUGCAGCUGGAUUUUGAGAUGGAGAACUUCACCAGCCAGUCGGUGAAGAGGAGGAUCAUGUGGCAUAUCGACUAUCGAGGCAGGAGCCCCUUGCCUGACCUGGAGAGGGCAGUGACUGAGCUGACUGUCAUUCAGAGGGAUGUGCAGGCUAUUCUGCCCCUGGCUAUGGACACCGAGAUCAUCAACACAGCCAUCCUGACUGGCCGGACAGUGGCUAUACCAGUCAAGGUCAUCGCUAUUGAGGUGACAGGCCUCGUUCUGGAUGUUUCAGCUUUGGUGGAGUGUGAGUCCAACAAUGAAGACAUCAUCAAG